AUGCGGAGAAUGGACGGUAAGGCCAAGAAGCUACAACGACUCAAGUCGCAGCUCUAUAUCAGUGACAACUCUGACUUGGAAGAUCUGGAGACAUUAGAAGUGGAUCAGGGGCGGCAUACACGGAAGCGAGAGCGUAUAGACUACAACGAAAACAAGAGGGUGAGGAGAGAGGAGAGAAAGAGCCCCUCCCAUCAUGAAGACCAAUUUAGGGAGAAGGUGAGAAGUGGGAGAGAGAAGGAUCGAGAGCGGACAAGAGAAACUGAUGGGGGUAUCAAGGGAGAAGACUUUAAGGAGCCGGUAAUAGAGGGGAAUAUAGACAUUGGGUUUGUCAAAAGAAUUGUUGACUAUGAUUUGAACAAGAAGAUGAGUGUCUUAGGAGACGAGAGAGAACAUUCGAUACAGCAACACAGUGAAGGAAGUGGACAUACGGAGAAGAACACAGAAGCCAUCAAUGAUGAAAUAAAGAAGGUUUAUUUUGAGCUUGCUCAAGAUGUUGUAGACAAAAAGGAACGGGAUAUUUCAAGGACUGUUAAUCGGAUCGAUCGAGAAGUGGCCAAAGUGAAGGAUGCAUACGAGAAGGGCGAGAGUGUUGUUCCAACGUUAUAUCCGGCAGUAUUCAAUCGCUCGUUUAAGGAAAUGGAAUCUGAAAUCCAAAACGAGGAGAUGAAACGUAAUUAUAGACUAAGAAUGCUUGAAGAGCAACACCAGGCGAGGAAGGACAUAAUCAAGAGAAGGUACGAAAACAGUGUAACUGAGAAUCGGUCGUCUAUAGUUCGAUAUCUUCGUCAUAGAAUUGAAGAACUUGAUGAUGAAAUUGAAAGGAAAACUACAGGUAUGGAUCUAGAGACGUUCCUUUCGCUUGUAGAAUACGGGGAGACAAAACGGAGGGUCUCGCAUGUAGUUGAUGAACUGCGGAACGAAUAG